CAAUGCGUUGUAGAGUAAUUUCCAAACAAUCUGUUUUUAACCAUGAAUCUGUUUCUGCGCUGCGUUCGAUCCCUUGUUUUUUUCUGCGCUGCGUUCUAUUUAACUUACGUCACAGAGAGCAGCAAACUCGCUUGACUGUUUCUGCCCGUCGUUAAAGACUCGCUUGCUUUCACUGCAGUUAUUCUGCGAUAUUCUGAUUAUCAGUCACGUACAGUGUGUAUCUUGCUAUCAAACAGCUUGUCAACUGUAAGUUACUUCUUUGAUUUGUUAGAUUAAUAUCCGAAACUCGCAAUGUGUACUUGCUCCAGAGAGGUGUGUCUGGAAAUAUACCUCAACGGCGUGUACCAUGGCACUGAGACUUUCCAAGUACCAGCAGAGGAUGAGGACCAGGUGGAGUGCAGGAUCAUCCCCGAUGCCAUCUGCGACCUUUUCGGGAGCUCGGCAGUGAUCGAUUCCCUGGAAAGGAUUGAUUCACCUGAGGACAUGCCAGUCAGUUCCAGUGUUGUAGAGGGGGGCGCUGUGCAGGUUGACUCUGUGAACGACUCAACCGCCUCAGCUAGUGUUGUUGAGAGAGAUGGGCUCGAGGAUGAAGUCAAAAAUGUCUCCUCAGUGUUGGUGUCACCAACGGAAUUGGCAGGGAGCGGGAUCGACGCUUCUCCUGAAACCCCAGAGAACAGCCCAACAGAAAGUACCAAAGUGUGGAUUAUGAAGAAAGCGAGUGGAUUCUUUCAGAUGCUUUUUGGUGUCUCAGAGCCACUGUGUGUCCCAGACACUCAUCAGCCAACAUCUGCAACGGAUCUGGUCGAUUCUGAGCAGGAAACCCCCGUGGAUCUGGACAAUUUGGAGCAACCGGAUGUCCCAGUUCCAAUAGUUUCGGAGCAGGAAACUCCAGUGGAUCUCGUUGAUCUAGAGGAGUCCAGCGUCUCGGCUCUAAACCGUUCUGAGGCAGAACCAGUGUCCACUGAAGGUCUGGAAGUUGAAGUCAAGGAUGCCAUUUCAGAUCUGAAGAGCCCUACUCUGGUGUGUGAGGAUCUGAGCGACUCCGCAGGGCCUUCAGGGAGAACCAGUGGGAUCGAUCAGAGUGGCAUGGAUGCUUCUCCUGAAACCCCUGUAAAGAUCAGCCCAAAAGAAAGUACCAAAGUGAGGAAGAAGGGAAAAAUUAGGGCAUUCUUCAAAAAGCUUUUUAGGAUUGAUCCGGCUGUUCCAGAGACCUUGUGUCUCCCAGAUGCAAGCGUUCCUGAGAUGGAUCCUGAAUCGGAGCUGUCUGAUGCAUAUGAAUCGUCUGAUGAGGGUCCAAGCGUUGCUGAGAUGGUUUCUGAAUGGGAUCUGUCUGAUUCAUAUGAAUCGUCUGAUGAGGGUCCAAGCGUUGCUGAGAUGGUUCCUGAAUCGGAUCUGUCUGAUGCAUAUGAAUCGUGUGAUGAGGGUCCAAGCGUUGCUGAGAUGGUUCCUGAAUGGGAUCUGUCUGAUGCAUAUGAAACGUGUGAUGAGGGUCCAAGCGUUCCUGAGAUGGAUCCUGAAUCGGAUCUGUCUGAUUCGGAUGAAUCGUGUGUCCAAGGACCAAGCAGUCCUUGUGCAUGCACUUCCAAGCAGGAACUAGUUCAAGAAGGACCCGAUUCCCGUUUUGCGGAGCGUGUGAAGGGCUGUACAAAGGAUCUGGAACCUGUCACCGAGGUGUGGAACAACAUCUUCAUUGGAAAUGAAGUGAUAGCAGAGGACCGAAUGAAACUGAAGGAGCUGGGGAUUACUCACAUCCUCAAUGCUGCUGCUUUGAAGAAUAAUCUGAGGGUCUUGAUGGGAGUCCCGUGCGAGGAAGACCUGAUGGAAACCGUUGAUACAGGGGCGAGUUACUACAGAGGCAUGAACAUCACGUAUUGCCGCAUGCCUACAACGCAAACUUCCAACAUCAGCAAAUACUUCGUGCCAGCUGCCAAAUUCAUUCACAAGGCCAUGAAAAACCCACAAAAUAAGGUGUUAAUUCACUGCGCUAAGGGUGUCAGCCACGCCCCUACACUUUUCCUGGCAUAUCUCAUGAUCCACCAUGACAUGACAGGGGAUGAAGCCAUCGAUUACCUCAUUCAGAUUAAUAUCCGAAACUCGCAAUGUGUACUUGCUCCAGAGAGGUGUGUCUGGAAAUAUACCUCAACGGCGUGUACCAUGGCACUGAGACUUUCCAAGUACCAGCAGAGGAUGAGGACCAGGUGGAGUGCAGGAUCAUCCCCGAUGCCAUCUGCGACCUUUUCGGGAGCUCGGCAGUGAUCGAUUCCCUGGAAAGGAUUGAUUCACCUGAGGACAUGCCAGUCAGUUCCAGUGUUGUAGAGGGGGGCGCUGUGCAGGUUGACU